UGUUCAUACAAAAGUAUAGGUGAGCUUCCAAGCGAUUUCCUUUUGCAAGAAUUCGUCUACGAAAAACGCUACUUUAAGUUUAUAAACUUAACACAAGUUUCAUCUGAGUUUCCCAGUAAUUCAUCUCAGUCGCUCUACACUCUAUUCUAUUUAAAACACAUACACACGUAGUUUAUGAUCCACCGAAUAUGGAAUUGUUAGCUGGUGCAGCAUUGGGAGCUGUCAUGAGCGAACUCUUCCAAGUCGUUAAAACAGGUGCAAAACACACACUCAGCUUCAAGUCCAAUCUCAAAACACUUAAGAAAACACUUAAAUCAGUUAAGCCCAUUUUCGAUACCAUCGAAAAGCUGCAAGAAGAAUUAAAGGAGCUGGAGCAUCAAGAAGAAGAGAUCCUACAAUUCACCAAGAAACUACAAAGUGGUGUAGAUCUUGUAAAAUAUUGUAGCACAAUACAUUACUUGAAUGUAUUCAAGAGACCUUUUUACUCCAAGAAGUUGGGGGACUUGGAUAAGGCUAUAGUGAAGUUUUUUAAUAUACAGGUGCAGGGGCUGACGGCUGUUAAUAGUUUGAGGGCUGUGAUUGGUGUUAAGCAAAAUGGUGAUAAGUUGGAUUCGAUACAUAAGAGUUUGAGUAUCGGUGAGUAUUCGGGUUUUGGGGCUAUCCCGGGUGUUCCCAUUGGGGUGGUGGGGUUUGAUCAGCCGCUGAAGGAAUUGAAGGAGAUGUUGCUCGAUGACAAGGUGAAAAUUAAGGUGGUUUCUGCUCCUGGAGGAUGCGGAAAGACGACUCUGGCUAAAAUGCUCUGUAAUGAUCCUGACAUUCAAAGAAUAUUUAAGGGUAACAUACUCUUUGUGACUAUCUCAAGAUUAGCUGACACCACUGACAUUGUUAAGAAAAUAAUACAACAAUUGCCUAGCAGUCAACUGCCCGACUUCCACAGUGAUGAAGAUGCAAUCAACCACCUGGAAUGCUUGCUUAAGCGUGUGAGUCCAAGUCAUAUACUGUUAGUGUUGGAUGAUGUAUGGCGUGAAGGGGUAUCCCUUGUUGACAGUUUAUUUAGCCUAAAUUUGCCGAAUUAUAAGAUCCUGGUUACAUCAAGAUUCUCUUUUCAAAGAUUCAAACCUGUGUACAAUCUGAAGAUUUUAAAUGAUCAAGAUGCCAUGACUCUUUUCUGCCAGUAUGCACUCCCAGAUGAUGGAAGUUCUACAAUACCUUACGAUCUUGUGGAAAAGACUGUGAGAAGCUGCAAAGGAUUUCCGAUAGCCCUUAAAGUGGUUGGGCGGUCACUUUAUGGACAAGAGGAAGUAAAAUGGAGACAUGAACAAAUGAGCUGGUCUGAUAGUACCAGCAAAGAAUUGCUUGAUCGUCUCCAACCCAGUUUAGAUGCCCUGGACGAAAUGAAUGAGAGUUCAUUAAAGGACUGUUGCCUGGACCUUGGAUCAUUUCCCGAGGAUCAAAAGGUUUCAGCCACCACUCUUAUGGAUAUAUGGGCAGAAUUAUACAAUCUGAAUGAUGAGAAGACCUACUGUAAUCUUGUUGAACUAGCAUUCAGAAAUCUUGUUAAUCUUUUCUGCACAAGACAGACAGGGAAUGAGGCUGACCGUCUCUGCAAUGAAAGGUCUGUCAUGCAGCAUGAUCUGCUUAGAGAUCUGACUAUCCACCAAAGUAACACGGAACCAAUAAAACAUAGAAAAAGGUUAUUUAUAGAGAUGCAGGGGAACAACUUUCCCCAGUGGUGGACUGAAGAAAUGAACCAACCAAUCCAAGCACGCCUUUUGUCAAUUUCGACUGAUAAAAAUUUCUCCGGAAGCUGGUUUCCCUUGACACUCCCUGCAGUCGAGGUUGUAAUACUAAACUGCUCUUCAGCUAUGUGCACUAUACCAGAGUUCAUUGAGAAAAUGAAUCAGCUGAAGGUUCUGAUUGUCACAAACUAUGGCGCCUCCUUCUCUAAGCUAUCCAACUUCCAGAUUCUUGGAAGUUUACCCAAUUUGAGGCGGAUGAGAUUUGAACGAGUUUCAUUAUCUUUCCUCGACACACCCUUACUCAAGCCGGGGAACUUGCAGAAGAUAUCUUUUACUAUGUGUGAAAUUGGGACAGUCUUUGAGAAUACUAAUAUCGACUUAUCUCAUGUCUUCCCUAAUCUUGAGGAGAUUGAGAUCGACUGUUGUGAGGACUUGCUGAACUUGCAUGUUGGGUUGUGUGAUAUUGUUAGUCUUAAAAAGAUAAGCAUCACUAACUGCAAUGGGCUAUCUGCACUUCCAGAGGAGAUUGGGAGGCUCACAAACCUUGAAUAUUUACUGCUCAAUUCUUGCACCAACCUAUUAGAGUUGCCAGAAUCUGUUGCAGACCUCCAUAGACUGAAAGUUCUUGAUAUAUCUGAUUGCCUAAACAUUAGCAAUUUGCCCGGAAGAGUGGGUGAGUUGCGUGCUUUGAAAACAAUCCACAUGGGAGGUUGCCUGGGAUUAUCUGAGCUACAUAAGUUGCCCUCAUCUGUUAAAGAUCUGACGCUAUUAAAGAAGGUGAUAUGUGAUGUUGAAGCUAGUCAUUUAUGGGAAUCAUAUGGAAGUCAUUUGAAAAAUCUCAAAGUUGAAGUGGUAAAAGAAGAUGCAGUUAAAAGCCUUAUGAGAGUCAUCUCAUCAAUUCAACAUUCUUGAAUUGCUUCUGUUAGAAAUCAACAUGUGUACUUCUGGCAACGCUCUGUUCAAUAUCUAUCGUUAUAGUUUGUAAAGAUAUCAUUACCAGGGGCUCAAUAGAUCAAUUGAUUGUGGCAUUUAUAAAUUCUGUAUUAUCCGGAUUUUGAAGAAACAAUAAUAAGAAUUUGAUACAGAGUUUUUAGUU